UAACUACGAUGUACUUUUAGCCUAAAUAUGAACACUUUACUAGGACUCUAUCUUUAGAAAUUAAAGGCAUCCGUUGACGAAAAGCUGUGAACACCCAAAAAAGUUUUUUGGAUAUGAAACUUAAAUUAAAGAGCAAAACUACUGUACCAACGUAACUGUGGGUCGAUUUGGAAAUUAGACCCGUGAUCUUUAUAAGAUCAUGCAUUACCAUCGAGUGGCAACACAAAAGCAAAAAAUGCUGGUGACAACGUCGGAGGCUGUUGCAGAUCUGUUGACCCGAGCCCCCGGGCGCCGGGACUCGGAUGGAGCAAGCGGACAUUGUCGUUGACACGCUUCACUGGUGCGCCGCUCUGUUGCACAGAUCUUUCACCUUCGCAACAUUGACGCCUAUAAAACCUUGUCAAUGUAAAAAUAUGACGUUACUUUCAUCCGCAGCAAGGAAGCAAUUAUACGACAGCGGCGAGAAGUCGAUAGCACCACAGAGACGCGGUUUGGGUGUUCACCCAUUUGAUAAUGUACAAAUUCAGUUGUCUGUUGAUUCUCUGGAUGGUGUGUAUCGGCCAGUCCAGACGAGAGGAGCAUGGAUUCGUUCAGGAAUUAGACUUCGGUCCUAUUUUCAACUCCGGCAGUUCUGGCAUACCUUCGUUGGCAUCGAACCCGGUUAAAAGUGCGAUUCUUAACGUUGAUAAAAGCCAAUAUCCACGUUUGUUCGAUACGGUCGUCAGUAGCUCUAUCGAUUCAUUGCAAAGGCGAGUAGCACCCCGAGAUCACACUUUCGACGCCUCGAGCUUCGGUUUCAAUCCCAUCGCGAGUCAAGGUUUUCUGCCGUACGGGAAAUCGGCAAAAUUAGUCGCACAACCGGCCCCUAACCAUCAACCCGAUCAUCAUAACGCGCAGCUUUCCGCCCCCUUGCGAUACGAUAUAAGAACUUUACACGACCCCAAUUACAAGGUGUACAAACCCGAGGACAACGAGGAGGGAAAAGAAAUUCUCGCCGCUCUGAAGAACAACCCCACAGUCGCCGCUUACUUUCAACCGGCGGUGAAUGUCGAAGUCAACCAUCCUCUAAAGUAUCGCAAGGAGGAGCUCAUCGAAAAUCUUAACGAGGACGAGAACUACAACGCUAAACCUUAUAUUGCAGGACCGGCCCGUAUUCGUCGCUAUACGGGGGCGAGGAGCGAAAACAUAAGGAGAUCCGACGACGACGAGGAGGAGGAGGAUGAUCCGUAUGACUAUAAAGCCGAGUAUAUUUCUAGGCCCAAGGAGUUCGACGAGAGCCCCUACAGCAGCCCCUACAAGAAGAAGAAGAAGAACUCCGACGAUUCCUACGACUACCCGUACAGCUACGACUCCGGCUACGACCACAAAGCCUACGAGAGGAUAAAGGAGUUAUCCGAAAAGCAGGCGGCCGAAAUCAAACAAAACCCGGGAAAUUGUAAGGAGGUUCAGAAGGAUGGAAUGACUUGCAUGAGCUGCAAGGAUCCUAAGACGGGUGGCAACUACGAGUCCUGCUCGUAUGUAACGGAACCGAAAAACAACAAGUACGCCUACUCCAAGGAGAAUAAGUACGACAGCAACGACGAGCCUGAUGAACCGGAGCAGAACUCGCAGGGUAACAAGAAAGCUGAGAAAUAUCAAAACGCCAAGGAGGACGACACCGCGCCCCAGAAGUUCACCAGCUCGGAAGAGGAGAAGCCCAGUAGCGAAUAUAGAAAUGCGAGCCCCGAUGCCGACUCCGAUGGUAAAUAUAAGGCGUACUACGUCCACGCCUCGCGGCCGAAAACUAGCGAGGCUAUUCGCGAGGCCAGCGACGAAGGUAGCGCGGAAGAUACCAAAGCUAAAUCGUACGACUACAAAAAAGCGCUGCCAGAGUUUUACACCGACAAUGAACCUAAAAAGGACGUCGAGCACGUCCUAGCCGAAUUCAAGAAGAAGGACAGAUCUGCCUGCAAAAAAGUGCACAAGAACGGCAUGACGUGUUUUCAAUGCAUAGACAAAAAUGGCUUGAAAAAUGAGGAGUGCAUGUUCGUAUCCGAGUCCGCGCCGAAGCAGAGCCACCUGGCGUACCAGGAGGUCAAGGAGUUCACCUCCAAGCCGGCCACCCUCGACGGCGCGGACGGCGCCGAGAGCAAAAUAGUGACGACGAGCGCGCCGUCCGCGCAGAGGUCCGCGGCGUAUGUGGUGUCCAAUUCCAACUACGGAAAGAAAUUAAAGAGGAAGAAGGCCGUUCAGCCGACCCUCGCGGCGGCCGGCACGAGCCCCGUAGCCCAAGUUCAAAGCGCACCGAAAGUCAAAAGAAGCGAAGGAUCCGAGGCCGAGGCGAACGCCCAGAUAGCGGACGAAACGAACAUCGCUCCCCCCGAGGACUUCGCCGGGGCCGAAUCUCAGGGCGCGUUCUGGGCGGAAACUGUGCCCAGGUACAGCGCCGACCUGGGCGUCACGCUGCCGGAGUACAUGCUGGCGAGGUCGGAGCACGAGCAGUCGUUCGACGAAGCCGUCGCGGGGGCGUAGAUCGACCCCAGUGUUAGUCAACACGAAUCACAAAUAGAGCGUGGCGAUUGUUCAACUCUCGAAUAAACUCUUAAGUAGAUGUUCAUUGCGUAACCAUAAUUUCGUAGACGAAUGUUUGAAAAUCAAUUUGUAUCAAAAGAAACUAAUUUGUUAACAGUAACUCGGCUAAAUGUAGGUUUUCUCGUUUGUCCGAGCGUAUCAUUACAAGCUUUGCUUUGAGUUGAUUCCGAAAAUUACUAUUUUGUAAUUGUUGUUGAAGUCUGACUGGAGUCCGUCUUUAUUCUUGUUAACUAGUUCUAGUAUUGGAUUAAAGAGAUAUUUUUA